UUCCAAAACCAGGCCAUUACCUAAAGCCAAAGACAACUCUGAACAGAGAAGAGGACACAACAGACUUCAUUCCACCAGCCCCGGCAGAUUUCUUUCUGGAACAUUUUGGUGCUUGGGAGAAGAAAACUCAUCAAAACCGGUCAAGAUGGCGAUGGACAUGACUGAAAAAGAGAUCUUGAAAAUGCAAAUAGACCAACUGAAAAAGGAAACAAAAAAUGAGAGACUACCGAUCUCGAAGACAGCAAAAGAAAUCAAGGAGUAUAUGGAGGCCAACGCUGCAGAAGACCCUCUCUUGAAGCCCAUCCCAGAUGACAAGAACCCAUUUAAGGAGAAGGGAGGCUGUUCAAUAAGCUGACCCCAGCCCCCUGAGACGAGAUCCCUACUGCCCUUCUUAUACAACACCCGGGCUCUUGUCUGUCUAGCUUAACCGAUCUUCCACAGGAGAAAUAAAACUAUUGGACUUCUUUGCUGGAAUAUAAGCCUCCCAUAGGACAAAGAAAUUUGGAAGAGGUCUUCACCAAAGUAAAGAAACAAGAAGACACCUAUUUAAAGACUUUGUGUCCAGUGUCCAUGUUGUAAAUAUGCUGCAAGUUCCUCAAAGAAACCUAGGUAUUAAUUGUUGGAGGUUUUUUUAAGUGUAGGCAUUUGAGUUGUCUAUCUUGUGAGUGUUCUUUUUAAAAAAGUAGAUAACCAGUUUGAAAUAUACUGAAUAUAUUGUAUGGUAUUCUCUUUUAAAAGGGCAACACCUAUGAUUGCCAACUUUAGCUUGGGAACUUCCUGGAGAUUUGAGGAGCUCAGCAGGAAUGUAAUGUCUUUCUAGGACUUCCAGUUC